AUUUCAGACCCAGUCACAUGAUCACGUUGGAACCAGGAAAUCAGCUGUGCAGAGCGAAAGAAGAACAACAAAUGCUGUUACUAGUGUUUUCAACCAUGUCUCCUAAUAGAAACUGUGGGUAUUUUAUUUUAUUUUCGUUAACUUAUUACUCUCUUGUGUUCGGCGAUGGAACAGUCAUCACAGCUUCAGGCCCAGCGGACCAAUUUCUACGGAUCUCUCCGUCGAGCCGUCCAGCUCCGUCCGCUGCCUCGGAGCGCAGCUCUGGUGUCGGACCUCGUUUGGACUCGUCGUUCUCCCCCAGUUUACUGUCUUCGUUCCCAGAAGGCCUGGAGAUCAAUGACUACUGCAUCGAGCUGCUUCACGCAUUUGGACAGCGAUACGUCGCCUACGUGAACUGCUUGGUGCCCGCUGCUCGACCCGUCAAGAUGUGCCAGAACUGUUUCUCGAGUUACGGCAGCGUCGUCGACAUCUACGCUAACAUCACAGACAAGACGGGUCCUGGUAACGUGAGCUGCAGGGACAGUCUCCUGCGCAGUGACCGGGUGAUGGUGGUUUAUUCCCUCUACAGCAGCUUGAAAGACCUGUGGGAGAAGGCUCGUUGUGACAAAUGUGUCACUGAGAAUCGGAGCCUGACCAACGACACGCUGUACUUCACGACCGCGCUCAACCAAACCCUCACUUGCUUUGAGAAGUAUCAGGAGGGGAAUCACACGGAGCUGUGUAAAAACUGCAGGGCCACAUACAAAGGGCUGAAUGCACUCUACAGCGGAAUGGAGAAGAACCAGUCUCUGUGCAUUGACAUAGAAGAUGCUAUGAAUCUGACCCGCAGACUGUGGAGUAAGAGCUUUGCUUGUUCCCUGAGUCGCGAGGAGACGGUGCCUGUCAUCGCGGUCUCCAGCUUCAUGCUCUUUCUGCCCAUCAUCUUCUACUUGAGCAGCUUCCUUCACUCCGAACAAAAGAAACGCAAGCUCAUACACCCCAAGCGAGCGAAGUCGUACGCGAGUCUGAUGAACAUCCAGGACAAACUGAACUGAGGAGGAGGAGAGGUUUCACCUGGAGGAUGUUCUGUCAAUGAAUGUUACAAGCUGGGGCGAGAUUUGACUCCUCGCCGCCACAAGCCAGAGGUUUGACCCACCUCAAAUUAAAGGUUGAGCUCUCGGCAGACGUUUUAUGGGCUCUUCCACCCGUCAGUGUUCGUGGGACUUCAAGGAUCAAAGUAAAUGAAGCUGGAAGUGAAAUAUGUUUGAGUUUUUUAAUGCACAUUAAGCAUUUUCUUUUGUACGUGACCAACUAUUCCUGACAAACAGUUUUGUUAUUUAAAUUGAGAAUUCAGCUUUCCGUUGCGUACAUACUGUGUACUAAUUACUUGAGUCAGCACUUUACUGCAAUAAUUAUUAAACUGCUUUGUAUUGUGAAAUUUGACACAGAUUUGUAUGUUGAUGACUCCAGACACACGUCGGCAUCAGCCUCCUCCUAACUUUAUAAGCUAAUCAUGUGUUUUUCGUGCUGCUGCACAUUAUGCUCUCAAUCUUCAGUCAGGUCUCUCCUUCCUUUCAACCCGUUGCCAAUCUUCAGGUUGUUCAGCGCGUCCCAGAGCCCGAGACACACAGCUGUCACUAGAAAGAGUGAGUGUGUGUGUGUGCAUGUGCUCUAUUUAUGGCUUGAUAAAUGGGUUUUCUGUCUCUAAUGUAUGUCCAGAAGAGAGCUGCAAAGAGGAAGCACUUGAUGUCCAUUAGUGGUGACAUGUAUCUGCUGUAAGAAGAGGGGGGUGCACAUCAGUGGGGUGGGGGAGUAAAUAAAGACAACGCACAUAAUGUAAGAGCACUCCAAAGUAGCACACUGUGACGCUGCCUGUUUUCUAGUCAGUUUUUGUGGUUGCAUAAAGCUUUUAAUGCGCUUUGUUGUCAUCCUCCAGUGAUGUUUAACUUAAUUUGUUAAGCGCUUGUAAUGGCUCAUGAUGCGAAGUCUCCUUUAUGAGCUGAGUGAUGCAUUGAUGAAUUUGCCUAUUCGAAACAAAUUCGCCGUGAAGUCACGUAAAAGCUUAAUUUGGACGGACCGAGCACAAAUAUGUAUUUUUAUCACGACGCGGAGCUUCAUGUGCUGUAAUUUAAUCACAACAGGUUUUCUGCCGGCGACAAUUUAGUUUAUUCAAAGCAAAUAAAUAUAUUUAUACAAUCA